GAUUGAAAUUCUUUCCUCUGCUCAACAAGCCAGCCUUCAAAAGGCCGCUCUGCCCGCAGCAGCAAGAGUAAUGAUAUUCCAACGGAUAUCGGUGACGCGCCCAUCGAUGAUGCUUGUGAAGACGGACCAUUACAAAUCAAACGGAGGUAGUAUACCAAGAGCAUAAACAAGUCGAGUCCUCGAAUGUUCCAUACGUUCCCCUCCCCCUCCCCCUCCCCGCCCCCUCAAUCCACUCCAUAAGUACCAGAUCCAUUUCCAUUCUUUAUUUUGUAAUCACCGUCGAAAAAAUGUCCAAGAAUACCGCAAUUAUCGUGAAGGACAAGGGCGUGGCCACGGCUGCCGAGGUCCCCAUUCCCAAGCUUCGGGACGACUAUAUCAUAGUCAACGUCAAGGCCGUCGCCCUGAACCCCACCGAUUGGAAGCAUGUAGACUUCCUCACUACCGCGGGAACCCAUAUUGGCUGUGAUUAUGCCGGGGUGGUGGAGGAAGUUGGAAGUAAGGUCACAAAGGGAUUCAAGAAGGGGGACAGAGUUGCCGGCUUUUCCCACGGAGGAAACGAGGUGCACAAGGAGGAUGGAGCGUUCGGAAACUACAUCACCGCAAAGGGUGAUAUCCAGAUCAAGAUCCCAGACAACCUGAGCUUUGAGCAGGCGGCUACUCUCGGUGUGGGCAUCACAACUGUCGGUCAGGGUCUCUAUCAAUCCCUGGGCCUUCCUCUUCCCACCAAACCCGCCGCCGAGAAGAUUCCUCUCCUGAUCUACGGCGGCAGCACCGCUACUGGAAGUCUGGCCAUCCAAUUCGCCAAGCUGUCCAACUGCGAGGUCAUCACCACAUGCUCUCCCCGCAACUUCGAAUAUGUGAAGAGCCUGGGAGCCGACCACACCUUCGACUACAGAUCCCCCACCUGCAGCAAGGAUAUCAAGGAACUCACCAAGGACAAGCUGGCUUACGUUUUUGACUGCAUCUCUGAGGGUGACAGCACCAAGAUCAGCUUAGAAGCCAUGAGCUCCUCCGGCGGCACCUACAGCACCCUGCUCCCCGUCGACCCCGAGCUCACCAAGAAGCUCAACCCCAAGGUGGAGCUCAAGUCCACCUUGGGAUACACCGUCGUCGGCGAGUACUUCAAAUUCGGCUCCACGGACAUGCCGGCUAGACCCCAAGACUUUGAAUUCGGUAAGAUGUGGUGGGAGCAGGCUAGGGAGUUGUUAGAGAAGGGUGCUAUUAAGGUGCACCGUCCUUCGGUCAACAAGUACGGAACUGGUUUCGAUGGCAUCUUGAAGGGCAUGGACGCUAUGCGCGAGGGCAAGGUUAGCAGCGAGAAACUUGUCUACACUCUGUAAGUGUGGAGUACGCAUAUAAUCAAACUGCAUAGGUAGGCACUCUUGAACAUAUAUCACGGCGCUAUGAAAUGCAUGAUGCCCGGGUAGCCAUAAAAUCUAUAUAAAAUCCGUCCAAGAAUACAAAAGCCCGACAGAUGAGUCCAUGACCUCUGAGCAAAGCGAAGUGGUAUCUAAGUAACGCCCAAAACUAAUCCCGACAAAGGAAAUCUAUAUAUGAUGCCGGC